CUUUAGCAUCCGCUGAACUCCUGAACGGCCACAAGAGCAAACGGCACCAAAAGACGGUAGCGACAUUCGCAUAGCACCCGCAACGCCUCACGAACCCCGACAAUCCUUACUAGGAUAAUACCUAGAAACUUCUCUCCGAGCAACGUUUCGGCACACCUACAACCAUCAUCGGAUGGUUCUCGCAAUUCUGCCAGCAUCGCCUUGGGCACGGUAAAUUACCGCUUUUGAGGGUGACGACAGCGGCGACGACGGCGUAGCCAGCCAGCGCAAACUCGACCGCUACUUCGAGUAAGCUCUUGGGAUUUCGGCAAGCCGUCGACGGGAAAUACACGACAAUCUCUUAGCGAUUCAACGGGAAUAAAGACGGACCCUGGUAGGCCUAUUGGUUAUGACUGGCUAUUCGACAAUCGCAGAUCUCAGCGAUUCGGGAGGAACGGGCGCAGGAAUCAUGGCGCCACAACGAAGAGGUCGCAUUUCGAAGGUGGGCGGCGGCAGUGCCUCCAUGAUGAGCAGCAACAUCAAUCUCGUUAAUACAAUCAUUGGUGCGGGAACACUUGCAAUGCCCUUGGCCAUGUCCCAUUUUGGCGUCAUGCUGGGAGUCAUCCUCAUCGUGUGGUGCGGACUCACAUCAGCCUUUGGUCUCUACCUCCAAGGACGCUGUUCACGAUAUAUCGACAGGGGAUCGUCGUCCUUCUUCGCUCUGUCGCAGAUGACGUACCCGAAUGCGGCGGUAGUCUUUGAUGCCGCCAUUGCUAUCAAGUGCUUCGGUGUUGGCGUGUCGUACAUGAUCAUUAUUGGUAACCUGAUGCCCGGCGUCGUCAAGGCGUUUGGUACCGGCGCCGAGGGACUGCCGUUUCUUGCUGACCGCAAGUUCUGGAUAACUGUCUUCUUCCUAGUGUUCAUCAUCCCCCUGAGCUUCCCUAAGAAGCUGGACUCGCUCAAGUACACAAGUCUGGUUGCCCUCGUUUCGAUUGGCUACUUGAUCAUCCUGGUUGUCUAUCAUUUUGCAGCCGACGACCACUCCGACCGCGGAGAGAUACGCUUCAUUACCUGGGAAGGGCCAGUUGCGGCGCUGAGUAGUUUGCCAGUUAUUAUCUUUGCAUAUACAUGCCACCAAAAUAUGUUUUCUAUUUUGAAUGAGAUUAAAGAUAAUUCUCCCGGGAGCAUUGUUGGCGUCAUAGCCUCUAGCAUUGGCUCUGCUGCUUCUGUCUACGUUCUUGUUGCCAUUACUGGUUACCUCACUUUCGGCAGCGGCGUGGACGGAAACAUUGUUUCAAUGUAUUCCGCCUCGAUACCCUCUACAAUCGCCAAAGCUGCUAUCGUCAUCCUGGUAACAUUCAGCGUGCCGUUGCAGGUCCACCCAUGCCGUGCCUCGGUUGACGCCGUCUUGAGGUGGCGGCCCGGAAAGAGGUUACCGGCCAACGGCGGCAGCCAAGGAUCUCUUCCAGGGAGCCAGCCUCUUCUGCCUUCGGUUAAUUCUUCAGGCCCUCUCGACAGCCACGGAGCGCCAGCGACUGCCAUGUCAGAGCUACGAUUUGCGCUGAUUACCAGCGGAAUUCUUGUUUUGAGCUACAUCACUGCUCUGAACGUGUCAAGCCUUGACCGGGUUCUGGCAUAUGUCGGCAGCACAGGGUCUACGGCCAUCUCGUUCAUCCUGCCUGGCAUGUUUUACUACAAGAUCAGCGACCCCGACAGCAUCUACCACCAGCGCCUCACCAAGGAAGACGACGACGCCGACUUCUCCGAGGCCGCCUCGGACGAUUCCAUCCCCGAGGCGUCCGGCUCUGGCAUAGUGGACAGCGUCGCCAGCAUUCACUCCAUAGCUGGUGGAGGAGCCGGUGGGCUAUCCCGCUGGCGGUGGCGGCGCAAGUGGCGCUGGGAUAUGGAGCACAUCGAGACAGUGCUGCUGCGAAAGCUUGCCCUGCUUCUGUCGAUAUACGGGUUCUGCGUCAUGAUUGUGUGCUUGUCCAUGAAUGCGUUCUUAUCACACUCGAAGAAGUAGUCCUAUCCAGUUUCUGAAAAGGGCAGAAAAGAUUGAAAUACCUUGCAUCACUAAGGUAGGAUAUUGCAUUGUAUAUGGUUAGUGUACUACGCGUGGGAACAGGUAGCCUGGUCCGUCGUGCGCUCCAAGACCAUUCCCGGCUGGCGUUUUCUGGAGAAUCUUGGGGUUUGCUUUUUACACGCAUUAGCGAGGUGGGGGGUUGUUGGCAUGGAUGGAUGCAUUGUUGUAUAUAUGGAACCCGAAAAUGUUACUUUUUGUCACCCAAGAGACGUUAUACU